AUGGCUCAUAAACUAUCAUAAAAUUGGGUAUUUUGGUAUGCUCCUAGAGGCAGAAAAGCUAUUGCAGGUUCAGACCAUUAUGAUGUAAAUUUAAAAGAAAUUGGGGAAUUCAAUACAGUUGAAGAGUUUUACACAUACUAUUGUUUCUUAGGCAGACCUAGCGAAGUAAGCAUUGAAAAUAACUAUUAGAUUGAAAUUGAUAACAAAAUAAUGUUGUUUAGGAAAGGUCAUAAACCAAUGUGGGAAGAGUGUUUGGAAGGAGGCACUUGGAUUAUUCAUUUUAAGAAAAGAGAGAAUGAAUUAUUGAAUAGGAAAUGGGAAGCCUUGUUAUUAGCAUGCAUAGGAGAAGAAUUCGAUGAUGACAAUGUAAUUGGUGUAGUUUUGUCCAUUAGAGAAAGAAGAAAUUUAUUGGAAAUAUGGUUAAAAGACAGAAAAGAGAGUGAGAAGUUAAGGAUUGGAGAGAAACUAAGAGUGGCUUUGGAAAUGGAUCCAAACAAUCUUACCUUCUUCUUCAAAGAACACAGCAAGAGCUUGAAUGAUAAAUCAACUAUGAAAGGAGCUGAAUCUUACACUUUUGUAAAAACUCCACUUGAAACUCCAUAGACUGAACCAAAAGGACAACACCCAGAUCUUGAUCAGUUUAAAUUAUGAUUAAUUAUUUGCACAAAUAUAUUGGUUACGAAUUUAUU